AGAUUGGAGCACACUUGGCUGGUUUGCCCUUAUUAAUCCGCGAAGGUCACUUCUCUUCCAGGGCCUGCAAUCAACGAGCCCUCUUCUUCUCUUCCACAAAUGCAUCCCUUCCAGAGCCUUUUGCAAUUAUGGCUCAUUUCUCUAGGUUUCAUAUGGCAGGCGUCUGAACAGAAUUAAAAGCAUGAGCACGUGCAAAAAUAAUCCGCUUCCCAAGAUAGUAAAUGCUGAGAAGUUCUAUAUUAGAACACACUGUGAGUGCUGACUGGCUAGGGCAUGAUUAACCUAAUAGGCUUAAGCUGCACUUGCUAUCCACAUCUGUCAGGACGCAAGCAAAACACAGGCCCAUAAUCCACCAGACUGGGGGCCUUCAGAAUUGUCCUGCUGCUCACUAACAGCACAGGGUUCCAAACUUAGAACAACAACAGGACGACAGGUACCACUCCCUCUUCACAUUUGGACCAAGAAAAUAAAGAAAGCUGGUUCCAAGUUUAGGAUAUUGUACCAUGGACUUCAAAGGAUUCUGGCCUGAAAAUUGCCUGGAUGGACUAGUAAGAUUGCCUUUUGUUCCUAUUUCAACAUGAUUCUUGGAAAAUUGUGAAGGUUGUGGGUGGAAGAUGACUACAAGCUGAAAUCAUGGGGUGUACACCUUCACACAGUGACAUUGUAAACAGCGUUGCAAAGAGUGGCAUUCAGUUCUUGAAAAAGCCCAAAGCAAUUCGGCCAGGAUGUCAGGGCAGAAGUGAAAGAGGUUCCAUCCCUUUGCUGGUUAAAAACUCCACCUGCUAUGACGCUGGGGAGGGCCUGGCAGAGGAGCAGCCAAGUUCCAGGAGGAACCAAACCACAGCUAAAGGUCUUUGUCGGCUUAUGGGAGAUCCUGCUUCAGGCAAAAGGAAAGAUAUGGAAGGACUGAUCCCAGGAACCAAAACCUCUUCAUCCCAGCUGAACAAAUCACAAAGCCACAUGGCUAAGGACAUUCUGUUCAAGACACAGGGUUCCCAUGGAUCACAAGGGGCAGACUUUUCUGGAGAUGAGAGUCAGGAAAGUAGUACCCAAGACACUUCCAAAUGGAAAAGGACACAAAAAUGUCACACGUCAAGCAAACAGAGCCAUUGCUACCAAACCAUCCACCCUGCUCAUGAGUCUGAAGGCAAAGUGGACUUCCCGGAGCCCCUGGUAAAGGCCCACCAGCACGCUUACACCUAUCUCCACUCCAGCCUCUCCAAAUAUGAAGCAAUUCUGUGCAUCAUCCAUCAGGCCACCCAGACCCGGGAGCUGCUGCAGCCCAUGCUCAGCUUCCUGCUGCUGUGCUUUGAGGAGAUCAGCCAGCUUUUGGGGGAGAUCUCCAAGGAUGGAGAAGUACUCCUGCAGGAAGUUAGGGAGGAUCUGGCAUGGCCUUUGAAGAAAAGAGAGCCCCAGGAACAACCAGAUCUCCUGCAACAGCUGCUGCAGUACACAGUCAGCAAACUGCAGGUGCUCAAUGGCACGGUGGCCUUGCUCACCAACAGCUUCCUGGAGGGCUCCAGCAGCUACCUCCACUCCACUGCAACCCACUUGGAAAACAAGCUGAGCGCAAAAAGGAACGUGGAUGAACGCCUCCUGGGGACUCUGGGGCAGCUACAGAGCCUGGCGAGUGGCCGUGGUGAUGCUGGGGUGCAGGGUCUCCCCUUAUGCUCUGAGGACAGUGGCAUUGGUGCUGACAAUGAGUCUGUGCAGUCGGUGGACAAGCUGGGCAAGCAAACCAGCUGGGACCUUGCACCAGAGCCUGAAGAAUGGAAGUCGGUGACUUCACCCCACACAGAAGCUAGGCAGUCCGGACAUGCCUGGCAGCAAAAUCCAUUCUGUAUGGGUUCAGACAGACCCCAGGACUGCCUGCUCUCAGGGGCUCCUAUGGCAAAGGUUCAGCCACAAGCACAGGAUGAAGCAAGGAGCCUAUGCCUCUCCAGUACAAACCCAGAAAAUAUCACCUCCCCGCCUUUGAAGCUGGGGACAAGCACCCCAUGUGAUUCCUUUGGGAUUGGGGUCUCUGUGGAACCACAUCUUUCCGAAACCUCCAGGCUGAUGGACGCUCCAUCUCUUAGUGACAGCGAGGACAGCAGCCCAGAGGAGGAAGACGAAAUGAGCAGCAUGAGUCUGCGUGUCUGGCAGGAAAAAACUCCACAUUCAAGGCCACGAUCUUCACCUGCUGACCGGGAAAGCCCAUUUCAGGCCCACACCAGGAGGCUUAGGAGCCUCCAGGCCCGGGAAAUGAUUCUGAAGAUGAAGGAAGCAAUCAGUGAAAGGAUCAAAUUUGUCCCUGUGCCCUCUGGGCACCAGGAUUGGUCUGAGGAGGAGGAGGGGAGGAUAGUGGUCCCCCCAAGACCUAGCACCAUCAGUGGCAGCAGGAGGGCCCCUGAGAGGCAGAGGAGGUCCCAGUCAGAGUCAUGUCUCCAGAGUCACGUGGAGGACCCCACCCUUCAGGAGCUGCAAAGGGUCCAGAGGGACCUCAGUCAGAAGCUGGAGGCAUUUUAUGCCCUGAGUGCCAAAGGGCAGGAGCAGAGCCAGGAGCAGAUUCUGCAGCCCAGAGCAGCAGCCGUGUGGCCCAAUGGCACCUGCAAGGUCAGUCCAAGCAACACCACCAGCAGGCUCAAGGCAUCCCUCACCAAGAACUUCAGUAUUUUGCCUAGUCAGGACAAGAGCAUCUUGCAGAAAUGCAGUCCCCAUCCUGAGGACGAACAGGGCAAAGCUGAGAAGCUUCCAAAUGCCAUCCCAUCAGGAGAUGUCAGUGAGGCUGCCGAGGCCACAGACCGGAAUGUCAGGGGCUGUCCCACCAGAACAUCCGUCAAGAAGCUUAUUGAAACUUUCAGUCCCACGGAGAGUCUGAGGACACUGGGGGACUCUAAGGACUCUGGGGCAAGUCCCUGCCUCAGGAAUUGCAUCAUGCCGCCCAGACUUCCCAUGUACAGGGGCCUUGCCCCUUUGUAUCCGAAGUCCCAAAUUUCUCCAGCAUCAGGCAGAGAAUCUCUCAAAAUGGGCAUAGGCUGGAAGCCCUUAGCACCUAUCUUUCCCCCUCUGCCCAAAGCAGAAGCAGCCAAGAGUGAGGAGCUCAGCUGUGAAAUGGAGGGGAACCCCGAGCACCUCCCUCCACCGCCCCUGGAAGUCCUGAUGGACAAAUCAUUCGCUUCUCUGGAGUCCCCAGAAAGCAGCAAGUCCACAGAGAGCUCCCCCGAGAAAACCCAGGAGCCAGGGCCGGGAGAGGCUGGCCCCACCAGGAGAACUUGGGCUUCCCCAAAGCUGAGGGCCUCUGUGAGCCCCCUGGACUUGCUGCCCAGCAAGAGCACCGCCAGCCCCACCAAGCCUCGCAGCACAGGGCCAGGGAGUGGCAGGAGCAGCUGCCAGCCCAGGAAGCCAGUCCUGGACCUGAGCCGCCCACCAGCCACCAGCCAAAGCCCAGAGGUGAAGGGUGGGACUUGGAGUCAGGCAGAGAAGGCCGCCAGCCUCUACAGGCAGCCCCGGAAAGCCAUUGCCUGGCACCACUCCAGCCCUCCAUCUGGACAAAACAGGACCUCAGAAUCCAGCCUGGCCAGACCGAGGCAGAGCCGAGAGAGAAGCCCCACAGUGGGCAGAAAGGCCUCUCCCACGAGGACACACUGGGUGCCCCAAGCAGACAAGAGGCGCCGGAGCCUGCCCUCCUCGUACAGACCUGCCCAGUCAAGCCCCUCUGCUGUGCAGACGCCCCCCAGUCCACCACUCAGCCCUGGAGCUCCCAGCCCACCCGUGAGCCCCAGGGUGCUAAGCCCUCCAACCACAAAGCAGCGAACUUCCCCACCACACCAGCCCAAGCUGCCCAGCCCUCCCCCCGAGAGUGCACCUGCUCUGUGCAACGUCUCUGGCCCUCCAACCCAGCACCCAGAAGCAAGCCCCCCUUCCUCGAUUCCCUCCCCAUCACCCCCAAUGUCCCCUUCUCAGGGGCACAAGGAAACAAGAGACUCUGAAGACAGCCAAGCAGUCAUAGCCAAAGUGUCUGGGAACACACAUUCCAUAUUCUGCCCAGCUACCUCCUCUCUGUUUGAAGCUAAACCGCCGCUCUCAAUAACCCACCCACUGACCCCACCAUCGCUGCCGCCAGAGGCUGGAGGCCCUCUCGGGAACCCAGCAGGAUGCUGGAGGAACAGCUCAGGGCCUUGGCUGCAAGCAGACUCACAGCGGAGAGCGGCUGUGUGUGCCCUCAACCCUCUGCCUUUCCUCAGGAGGACAGCUUCUGACCGCCAGCCGGGUGCCCGACCGCAGCCUCCCGUCUUGAACCCCACCAGCACCUCUUGUGAAUCCCAGCUCAGCCAAAGCAGCAGCAGCGAGGAGAGCCCUAAGAAGGACACAGAGCCGGGGAGCAGCCCCUCUUCCCCUGAACUGCAGGGCAGCAGCAGGCGUGCAUCUCCCCCAGAGUUCUGUGUGCUGGGCCACGGGCUGCAACCAGAGCCUCGCGCCGGCCACAUCCAGGACAAAUCCCAGCCAGAGGCGCAGCCCCAGCAAGAGGAGGUGUCCUGACAGGCUGACGAGGGGGCCACACUCAUGCAGUCACCCCAGGCUGCCAAGUGUGACAGCCAAGUGUCCCGCCUGACCCAGAGAUGGUGGGCAAACCAAACUCCUACCGAGGUGUCCUGGAAAGGCCUGGAAGGUGCACUGCCCAGCGGGUCUGCUGAAUUUUAAACAAACGCCGUUUUCAGUCCCAGAUCCUGCUCUGCCUUGGGGUUCAAAAGUUAACCAGAACUUUAGACCCCCACAAUGACAGUAUUUAAUCCUUCAAGUGCUGGCCUUAAUUUUGGGGUGGGGUGGGGAGUGGAGAAUGUAUUUGUUGCAUGCUUGAUAGGGUUUUAACUGGGUUCGUUCCUUGAGAUCACUGAAGCCUCACAACGGUGAAUGAAGCAGAUAGCAUUCUCCAGUUUCGCGCACAUGAAAACCGAAGGUGUGGGGAGAGGCCCCCUCAAGUGUUUUGCUCGAGGUCAUACAGCUAAGAAGAGAAUAGAGCAAAAUUUUGCACAGAUGAGUCUGGUGCUAGAAUCUCUCUGCUCUUUUUAUUACAUUCCAUUGCCCAUAAGUAUUUCGUCACUCCACCUGCCUAAAGCAGACAUGGGUGCGCAAAUGGUCGGAAAGCUUCUUUGUUGUAAGGUUAAGUCGUGGCACAGCAUUGAAGCCCCUAUUGAGAGCUUUGUUUAGAAACGCGUGGCUCCCAAAAUGAGAAGGCUGAGUGAGCUGGGAUUAAAACACACAGCCCCACCUGUCCUCUCCUCCUUCCCAAGCUCAGUUUCAGUGCUUUAAACCCAAAGCUGACAGCUCACAAUACCAGCCACGCUGCCUCUCGGCCUAAGCAUGUAGCAAACGCUCUCACUGCCCUACGCAUUACGUGCUUCUCGACUGAGUAGGGUAAACUAAGCCUCCCAAACAAGGCAGCCCGUUCUCUACAUGCCGUGGGCGCUGGAGCGCAGAAGAUAGCGUGGGUAAGGCAUACGCACCCACACGCCGAUCUCCCCUCAGAGGCUUCUUGGCCAACUUUAUUCCCAGGUCAUCUUGCAAGAACUUCUGCUGGAGUUGAAAUCAAAGUGAAAAACAGUUGUUCAUGCCAAAAACCUGCUUCUGCCAAUGAGCUAGAUAUUUGCUGCCAAUCUUGGAAUGUUUCCAUUGGAGGCUGUGGUGUACGUUCUGUUUAGAAAGGAUUUUGCAGUAACUGAGUGAUUCAAUGCCGGCUCAAUGGGUUGGCAAAAGACAAGAAUUCUUACCCACUGCGGUACAGCUAAGGGACGAUCCUCCAGAUCUGCUGCAAAGCUGAUUUUUAAAGUUUGGGGAAAUUACAGACCUCAAACCCAUUCUUGCUGAGAUUGUGCGCUCAAAAACUUGUGAAACUGUGUCCCUAGGGACUCCAGCUACCUCCCCCAGAGAGAGGCUAUGACUCUGAGUAAAUGAAUCCCACCUCGACUUGUCCAGUUAUUAUUCAAAGGCACCCAAAGAACAGCUGAUUAAACUACCAAGAGGGGCCACAACCCGCCCCUCUGCUGGAAAUGCACAUGCAGCUCUGCUCAUGUUUGCUCCUGUUGUCGCCCUCAUCUCAGAAGUGCUCAGGCAGUGCCCAGGCCAGCGAUUCUAGAGCUAAGCCACACCCACUGCUGGGUGGACACUUAGGAGCUGCCUGGGCUGCAGGCAAUGAGGGAAGCCCAGCCACCCAGGCAGGGCAGGGGCUGAGGUAAACACAUGAGAAUGGACCAGGCUCAGGAAACUUGCCCGACAGAUAUCUGGGCAUUCUCCCUAAAUGGUUGGGCAGACCACUGGGUGACCAUGGGGUGAGCCUUAGGAAAGCUGGGCACUGAGCUGAGUGAGGAGACAUACAGUGUGAGCAGCCUUUGAGGUUAGCGCACAGGUAAGUGGCUUCAGGUGGGACUGCUCAGAAAGUGGGCCCUGCCUGAGCUAGGAUUUAGGGGCAGGAUUCCUGGAGGUCUGAGGAAACAAAGCUGUUCCCCAGCUGCAGGGAGGCUGGAAUGGGACACAGUGGGUGAAACUGGAAUACCAUGAGGGGGUGUAACCACAGGAAUUAGAAACAUUUUAGUUACUGGAACCAGGAUAUGAAGUGGAGCCAGAUCAGCAGUGAGGGGAAGCAAGGCUGAGUCUCCAGCCCAGGCCUCCUUCCGUAAAGGGCCUCAUCUUACAGGUCCAGGGCGGGGUAGAAAGUGGAAAGGGUGGCCAGGUGCCCCCUGCAGUGGCCGUGCAAGCUAGCAGGGGCAGCAAGGAGCCACGCAGAGUAUUCCACCACUGAAGGGGUCAGUGUCAUGGAGAACACACAGGAGGGGUCCCGAAUGAACAACUGUGCUUUCCGUGAGCAUGCAUGGCAGGAAUCUACACUUUUUCUUCAUAGAGUUAGAAACCAAGGACCGUCAGGGAUACAGAGAAGGAGGAACCCACCACAGAUCCAUCUAAGGGGUGCACGUCAUACCCAUCUUCUUACUCGGGCCAGCUCCACCCUGGAGGAGCACAGCUUUCAUCCUCCCGACCAUGGAGACCCCAGAGCUGUGGAGAGGGAGGUACUGAGCCUAGCCCCUUACCCAACACUUUAAUGACACUGUAAACAGCUCCACCCCAGGGGGAAAAAAAAAACACAAUUUUCUGCUUCCAUCAAAAGAAUUCAUGGAG